GAACUUCGCUUUGGAUGUUUGUGUCGUUCGCUCAACAGACCCGUGAAAAAAGCCGACAAGCGACGCGAGGUGUCGAAAAAUGGACACGAGUAAAUGUUUCCUGCCCAUGGGGUCGCUGCCCGAGUUUCGGAUGACCUCAGUUUCUUCUUUCCAGCCAACAGAGACGGCGGAUUGAGGAAUGUGGAGAGCAGCUGCGUCGUCCCCCCUCGACCCCUUGUAGCCCCGUCGACGGGAGACCAACACCCACCUACACCUCCAACUCGUCUACGCAACUCUUCUCCCGCGCACUGUCGGGAAACACGCGCCGGUUGUUUUCACAACACUCCUCCUCCUCCAGGGACGCUCGGCCGCGUCUCCCUGGCAACGUGGCGGACGCGCCUGCAGCCAGGGGGCGGGGCCAGAGGAUGAGGAGGCGGCUCCUCGGUGUGUUUCUCCCCGCAGCCGAGGCGACGAUCGGCCGGAGAUGCCUUUUCACAACGGAGUCUACUACCCCUACACCAGUGACACCCGAGGGACCCACUCGUCAGCAGGGAUCCCCUCCCUGCUGAGCUCCCCGCUCAGCCAGCACUCCGCUUCGGCAGCGAGCAUGACUCCGUCCGGCGCGACCGCCGCAAUCCUCCCCUUCAGUUUCCGCCCACGCCGGGAGAUCGUGGACUGGCAGCGGCUCAACGAGGUGGACAUCAACCGGGUGAUGAGCAAGCUGGACGUGGACGCCCUCCAGGAGCACAUCAGCACGGUGGCGUUCUGCAGCCUGGACGGCGAGCGCUGCCAGCGCUGCCGGAACCCCGUGGACCCGGCGCUGCUCAAGCUCCUGCAGCUGGCCCAGCUCACGGUGGAGUGGGUGCUCCACUGCCAGGAGUGUCUCACCGCCGACCUGCACAAGGCGGAGGAGCAGCUGGAGGCAGCCGGCGCCGAGCACCGGCAACUGCUGGAGCUGCAGAGCAGGCAGCAGGAGAAGGAGAAGGCGCUGGACGCCGAGCUCAAGAAGAGCAAGAAGGAGGUCCGCGAGUUGCAGUCGCAGCUCGUCUUCAGCAGCCAGAAGUGUCCACAUUGUGCUAAAUCUUUCCUCACUUCCGACUUUCUCCAGAGGCACAUGCAGCGUCGUCACCCUGAUGAGUACAAGAGCCAGGUGCGUUCGGACGUGGAGAAGACGUCUCAGCUGGAGAGCCUGAAGUUGGAGAAGAGAAGCCUGGAGGAGCAGAAUGUUCAGCUGCUUCAGAGGCUGCAGGUCAAAGAGGCUCAGGAGAAAGAGCAGCAGUCGGCGCACAAGGACCUUCAGACAGAACUGGAUCGUUUCCGGGUGGAGGAGAUCGCUCGCACUGACAGGAAGAUAGACGACACCCGGGACGGCAUGCGCAGAGAGAUGGAAUUUCUCUACAGCCGAAAUGCUCAGGCUCUCAAUGAGUUGAAUCAGAAUCAGAUCGCCACGCAUGAAAACUCCACCAGAUCUGUUUCGCCGCAGGCGCAGAACGUCCAGAAGCUGGAACAGCGGCUCAAGAAGCAGGAGAAAAAGUGGGCGUCCGUGCUGCAAGAAAUCAAGACGCAGCACGAGUCCGAAAAGAAUCAGCUGCAGGACUUGCUGAGCCGACAGCAGGAGCGGAGCCAGACUCUGUGGCAGGAGACGGAGAGGAGGCUGCAGGAGAUGGAGAGGAGGCUGCAGGACAAGGACCUUACCAUCAGGACUCAGAGGGAGCAGAUCAGGAACAUUUCCUCCAAUCCUCCGACCAAAGUGGUGGAAGUUCCAGUGAAGCUCAGCGCUGCAGCUCCGGAGCCCAAAGCAAAGAGAGUCGUACUCGAGGAGCCAGUGUUUGCUCUGGAUCCUAUACAGGAGCUGACGGAGGAGGAGAAAGACUCGAGCAGCGCCUCUGAGAGGAGGCCGGUGGAGAGGAAGCCCGCUCCGCUUCCAGAGAAGAAAGCGCCGGUGAUGUCCGGCACCUUGAAGAGGAAACUCAGCAUCAAGAAGGACAUGCGACCGGAGCUGGAGCAGGCCGUCGCCAAAGCUCUGGAGGACCUGGGCGUCAAGUCUAAUCAGAAUGGUCUGAAGAACAAGGAGCUCACCUCCAUCCUGGCCAAGGUGCAGUCGAAGCGGGACCGCGUUGCCAAGGGGCUGCCAGACUACUGGCAGCAGCGUAAGGAGAUAUCCAGCACCCUGGAUGAGAAGAUGGGCGGCCGGACAAAAGGCAGCGACUCCUCUCCGGAGUCACAGGCCAGAUCCAGACAGUCGCUUCAAGCGCUGCAGCUGCGACCGCGGUCCAGUAGCCUUCCCUCCGGCGUCACCAAGGUAACGUCUCGACCCGCAGUCAAACUGUCCAAGACCCCCCAGCCGGCGCCCAGGACCAAGAACACCACCCAUCCCAAGACAUCCACACCCAUCAUCAAGCCUGCUCCGAGGACAAGCAGGACUCCUCCUUUCAGUUCGGACAAGGAGUCUGAAGAGGACGACUGGGACACGGAGGAGGAACAGCCCCACAAGCAGCAGAGGGGCAAAUCCCCACAGCCCCGACUGAUCCAAGCCACCCCAGUCCACAUCAGAGCAGUUCAGCCCAGGCAGCCCGUCGCCAGGCUGUCCUACUCCUCCAACUCCAAGCAGCCCCGGGGCUCAGCGAGCGCGGUGACCAAGAUGGCCGACGCAAAGACCGAGAGCGACGGCGAUGACGAGGAGAUGUGGUCUGAAGUCAGCGAGCUGCAGGAGAUCGAGUCUGCACAGCUGAAGAAUCACAAAGACCAGAACGGCAACGUGGAUAAGAGGAACUUUGAAAGUAAAGUCACUGUCGUGGCCCGAAAGAUUGAGCAGCAGUUUGCAGACAGAGUGGUGAAGAUACCAGCAGGGGGCAUCAGCAUCUUGUCAGGGAGGAGGGACGUGGGGCAGGAGCUGAAGUGCACAGAUCUGGACGAGAGCUCGGGAGAAGAACGACAGGAAAUAUUCAAACCAGCUCCGGGCUCUGGAACUCUGAGGAAGAGUCUGGACUCGCCCAGCACCAGUGCCUGGGGAACCUCCACAGGGAGGAGUCAUAAAUCAGGAGAUCUGAAUGAGACGGGAACAGACAGCUUCCUGAAGAGCAGCCUGUGCUCCGUCUCUGACAUCAGCGACUCGGAGGACAUCAGCGACAAACACAGAUAGACACGGCAGCUGAUCAGGUGAUGUAGCGCCGCUACGCCAAGAACGGACGCAAACACCUCAUUUGCCUCCGCCGACCUCGACAGUUGAUGACAAACAGCCAUAUUUUAUACUUCUAUCAAUAAAGACACAAGCAAUACAAAGGGAUUCAGGUUUUAUCAAAGAAGAAUUUCUAGUAAAUGAGAUUACAAGUUCAUUUAGAUUUUCACUUUCUGCCUCGUGCCAAUACUUUGUGUUCAUGUUUCAUACACUGUUUUGUGUUAUUCGGUUAAAGCCACACGAGGUAGUGUUUUAGUUUCUGUAACAUUUUGUACAUCAGAUAUUUUUAUAUAAUGUCUUCCUGUGUCCCCUUCCUUGAAAAUAUUUAUACGAGCAAUAAAAGACUUCUUUGUGGAAAAUGUG